AUGAAGGACCGGCUGGAGCAGCUCAAGGCGAAGCAGGAUGCAGAUGACGAGGAGGAGCUGGAGAUCGCUGUGGACAACACGGCGUUCAUGGAUGAGUUCUUCUCGGAGAUUGAGGAGACCCGGCAGAACAUCGACAAGAUCUCAGAGAAUGUGGAGGAAGCCAAGAAACUCUACAGCAUCAUCCUCUCAGCCCCCAUCCCAGAGCAGAAGACCAAAGAUGACCUGGAGCAGCUGACGGCAGAGAUCAAGAAAAUGGCCAACAGCGUCCGUAACAAGCUGAAGAGUAUGGAGAGGAACAUUGAGCAGGAUGAGGCACGAUCCUCCGCUGACCUCCGGAUACGCAAGUCCCAGCACUCGGUCCUGUCCCGCAAGUUCGUGGAUGUCAUGACCAAGUACAACGAGGCACAGGUGGAUUUCCGGGAGCGGAGCAAGGGCCGGAUCCAGCGCCAGCUGGAAAUCACCGGCAAGAACACGACGGACGAGGAGCUGGAGGAGAUGCUGGAGAGUGGGAACCCCUCCAUCUUCACCUCGGGGAUCAUGGACUCGCAGAUCUCGAAGCAGGCACUGAGCGAGAUCGAGGGGCGGCACAAGGACAUCGUGCGCCUGGAGAGCAGCAUCAAGGAGCUCCACGACAUGUUCGUGGACAUCGCCAUGCUGGUGGAGAAUCAGGGAGCCAUGAUCGACCGCAUAGAGAACAACAUGGACCAGUCCGUCGGAUUCGUGGAACGGGCCGUGGCCGACACCAAAAAGGCUGUGAAGUACCAAAGUGAGGCCAGGAGGAAGCUGCUGAUUUUGGUGGCAGUGGCCAUGCUCUUGCUGGGGACAGUUGCCCUGAUCAUUGGACUCUCGGUGGGGCUGAACAAGAAAUAG